AUGCCUCCAACCUACUUUCCUCUCCGGUGGGAGAGCACCGGCGAUCAGUGGUGGUACGCUACUCCGAUUGAUUACGCUGCCGCCAACAGCCAGUACGACUUAGUCCGCGAGCUUAUCCGAAUCGACUCCAACAACCUCAUGAAGCUCACUUCCCUCCGCCGCAUCCGCCGCCUCGAGACCGUCUGGGACGACGAAUCCCUCUUCCACGACGUCGCCGCCUGCCGAUCACGCGUCGCCAGGAAGCUACUCUCCGCCUGCGACGAUGGCCCCAACACCAACACUCUCAUCCGCUCUGGCUACGGCGGUUGGCUCAUGUACACGGCUUCCUCCGCCGGAGAUCUGUGUUUUGUUCGCGACCUCCUCGAGAGGAACCCUCUGCUCGUGUUCGGCGAAGGAGAGUACGGCGUCACUGACAUUCUCUACGCCGCUGCCAGAAGCAAAAACCACGACGUCUUCCGUCUCAUUUUUGAUUUCGCGGUUAGUCCGAGGUUCGCGACGGCCGGAAACGGCGGAUUCGAGCAGAAAAUCGGAGAGAUUCCGGCGGCGUACAAACGGGAGAUGAAGAAGAGAGCGGUUCACUCUGCUUCCAGAGGAGGCAAUUUGAUCAUUCUCAGAGAGCUUUUGAGUGACUGCUCUGUUGAAGAUGUCUUGGCCUUGAGAGACAAGCAGGGCUCCACAAUCCUCCAUGCAGCCGCCGGAAAAGGAAAAACUCAGGUGGUGAAGGAGCUUGUGGCUUCAUACGGUUUGAUGGACGCCACAGACAACCAAGGGAACACGGCUCUGCACGUGGCAGCCUACCGUGGCUACGCUGAUCUCGUGGAUGCUCUGAUCUCGGCCUCUCCUUCUUUGGUAACCGCUAGGAACAACGCCGGCGACACUUUCCUUCACGCCGGCAUCUCCGGAUUCAGGACUCCGGCUUUCGAGAGGCUUGACAAGCACACGGAGCUCAUGAACCGUCUGAUCACAUCCGCUGCCUCCAAGUCCCCCUGCGAUGUCGUCAACUACAGGAACAACGAGGGACGCACGGCUCUUCACAUGGCCAUCUCUGGGAACGUUCCUCUGGAGUUCGUGGAGAUGCUCAUGUCUGUGAAAUCCAUUGAUAUUAACAUCAAGGAUGCUUCCGGCAUGACUCCCCUCGAUCUCAUCAGGCAUAAGCCGCACUCUCCGACGUCCGAUAUCCUGUUCCGACGGUUGGUAUCAGCCGGAGGGAUGUUCAGUUGUCGUGAUCAGAGCAUCACGAGUGUGGUCGCGUCUCACCUCAAGGACAGAGGAAACUUUUACAGCCCAGGAGCUCGUUUCAGGACAUCCGACGCUGAGAUUUUCCUAAGCACCGGCCUUGAAGUCGUGCCUGACAAGAUUACUGUCCCUAGGCACGGGAGAUCCAGCUCUUGCUCCAUUGAGAUUGGUCGGAUAAACAUGACGGAUGAGGAACAUCAUCUCAAGAAAUGCAGAAACAACUCUGCAACAGAGAGAUUGAAGAGCGUCUUCCACUGGCCGCGAACCAAGAAACAAGCUGGCUACUCCAAGAAUGAUUCUGAGAUGAGCGCCGUCACUUGCACAGCUCUUGAGACGCAAGAAACUCAUGUGCCUCUCCGCCAGAGAUUCUCAAAAAGCAGCAAUUCGUCUCCUGCUCUGCCCAGUAACAAUAAUAAUAAAAGAGCGUUGUCGGUGAGAAGUAACCAUUCGAGCCCAAGAGCCAAGAAGAAGCGGUCUGGUCCGGUGCGGUCUCGUUCCAGCUCUUUCUCGAAAAUAUCAAUCCACUCUUCCUCCACUUCUUCAUCUUCGAGCAUGGUCGAUCUUAAACAGAAAGGAGUGUUGAUCGAUGCCAACAUAGCCGGACCUUCUGGCGUGAACCAGCCUGUCCCGGUGAAAAGUAAGUUAACCGAGAAGCAGGGUUCGGUGAGGAGGAGAUUAAAGAGCCGUUACUUCUGCUUUGGUGCUUCAGCUUUGUCUGUCAAAACGCCGGCUGCGGUCUUGGUAUAA